UUCCCUCCCAGAAGAGAUGCAGUUUGGCCCUGAGCAGCAUGGAGCAGAUCUACGUCCGCCAUGUGGAGCUGCUGGGAUACGAGAAGCGUCUGUUUCCCAGCCAGCACUUUGUGUACAUGCUGAUGGUGAAGUGGAGUGACCUCUCUGAGAAACUCAUCUACCGCAGGUACCCCGAGGUUCACACUUUUCAUAAAACGCUGAAAGAGAUGUUUCCCAUUGAGUCAGGGGCGAUCGAGAAGAAAGACAGAACCAUCCCGAAUUUACCAGCACCAAGCUGGCUGGACAGCCAGAAGGCCGCAGAGACCCGGCAGAGCCCCCUGGCAGAGUACUGCCGCUCCCUCAUCAGCCAGCCGCCGCAUAUCUCCCGAUGUCGCCUGGUCUGCAGCUUCUUCGCCGUUCGGCCUGAGGAUGAGAACCCACCGAGCCCGAGUGGGACCAGUAAAAAUGAAACCAAUGUUGUGUCCAAAGACCAAUUCAACGGAACGAUAACUGAGAUCACUGGCCCCAUCGUUUUGGACACCUACAGGGUCAUUGGCGACUUUGAAAAGACUUCCAAGCAUGAGAUCACGCUGCAAACAGGAGAUCUGGUGGAAAUUGUGGAGAAAAGUACAAAUGGCUGGUGGUUCUGCCAGUGUGAUACCAGCCUGGGCUGGGUACCAGCCUCCUACCUUGAGCCUCUGGACGCCCCAGAGGAGCCUGAGGAAGCCGAACCCAACUACGCAGGGGAGCUGUACGUCACCACCAUGGCCUACAAGGCUGAGCUGGACGAUGAGCUCUCCCUGGAGGUCGAUGAGGAGGUGGAGGUCAUCCAUAAGCUGCUAGACGGCUGGUGGGAAGUGCGGAAAGGAGAUGAGACAGGACAUUUUCCCUCCAUGUUUCUCAAGAGAGCAGGAAGAAAGGAGCCGGCCGAACCCCAGAACAACAGCUUCCAGAGACGGCCACCUCCACGCCGGUCAACCAUACGUAAUCCAAAAAGCAUCCACACCAGGGGACGCCGGAGUCUCAGCCAGGAGGCUUACCGCAGGAACAGCCGGCGCUUUCUGCAGACCACCAGGGGCGACCUGACCGGGGGGGGGAGGAAGUCCCCCCCCAGGGAGAGGAUGAACCAAGCCAAGCUCCCUGAGGAGUCCACUCCGAAGGACCACGGCCAGAUGCCGGCCGUCCCGACGCGGCCCACGGACGACCUCAUCAUGCAGCGCUGCACCGAACACACCCGCAAGAAAGUCAGCGUCCGGAAACCAGACGAGUCCGCAGCAAACCACUAGCGUUGCUUUGUUUAGGGUUGUCAUUUCAAAUAUACAAUAAAAUAUUAUUAUAAAUAUACAAAUAAUGAACUAAUUAUGACACGAAGACAAA